UGAUUUACCUAAUUAACUUUUAUGCUACGCUUGUGUAGUUAAAUAAUUUCAGAAACUUAUAACUAAUUAUUCUCCGCAUAAGUCACAUUGUUCCUCAUAAAGAAAAAAAAUUAAAAUGCAAAAUUCUUCAGUGCUGCAAUUCUAGGGGUCGCCUUUUGUGCAGGAGCAAACAAAAGGUUAGAAAAAAAUAUAUAAAUAAAGAAAAGUGAAGUGAAGUUCUCUGCCCCUCGAGAUUUAACAAUUCAGCCGUUAUCAUUCCUUGCUAAAGUACCGUCCAGUUCAGUACUCCGGCGGUUUCUGCUGAAAGUUAUAGCAACUCCAGUAUAAGAAGAGCUCUCUCACACGCACGCCACCGGUAAUUGUAACCCAGCAAUGCUGAAAUCAACCUUUACUCCCAUUUUCUCAACUUUCCCCACCAAAUCCUUUACAACCCUCCAAAAAUUCCCACCCUUUCCCACCAUAACUAACACAUUCACACAAUCCCCACAACCUGUUCACCAGAAUGCAUCACUCACCGCACCCACCACAAAUCCGUUUCACCAACACGACCAUCCUCCGACUUCAGCUUACAUCCACCUUCCUUUCUGUCGCAAACGCUGCCACUACUGCGACUUCCCGAUCGUUGCCCUCGGUUCCUCCAACCCAACCGAGACCGACCCACGGAUAUCCAACUACGCAGAACUGCUUCAACAAGAAAUACUUUCCACAAAGCCAAACUCCGAUUCUUACUCGCCUCUUCAAACCGUGUUUUUUGGUGGUGGCACGCCUUCUUUAGUAUCUCCAAGGAUAGUUUCGUCGAUUUUGGAUACGUUGAAGCUUAAGUUUGGACUCUGUAAGAAUGCUGAGAUAUCAAUGGAAAUGGAUCCUGGAACUUUUGAUGAUAAGAAAAUGGAGGAGUUGAUGGGGUUGGGUGUAAACAGAAUAUCACUAGGAGUGCAAGCGUUUCAAGAUGAGUUGCUUAAAGCUUGUGGCAGAGCACAUGGAAUUGAGGAAGUUUACCAGGCAAUUGAGAUUAUUAGAUCAUGUGGGAUUGGGAAUUGGAGUUUAGAUCUUAUCUCUUCUCUCCCUCACCAGACUCCACAAAUGUGGGAACAGAGCUUGAGCCUUACUGUCCAAGCACAACCUAAGCAUGUAUCUGUAUAUGAUUUGCAAGUUGAACAAGAAACAAAAUUCGGAAUCUUGUAUACUCCAGGCGAGUUUCCUCUGCCAUCUGAAAUUCAGUCUGCUGAUUAUUAUAGAAUGGCUUCACGGAUGCUUUCUGAUGCUGGUUAUAGUCAUUACGAGAUUAGCAGUUAUUGCAAAGAUGGGUUUGAAUGCAAGCAUAACUUUAUAUACUGGAAGAACAAGCCUUUCUAUGGUUUUGGCCUUGGCUCUGCUAGUUAUGUUAAUGGAGUAAGGUUUUCGAGGCCGAGGAAGAUGAGAGAAUACAUGAAUUAUGUGCAGAACUUGGAGAAUGGGACAGUGGAUUGUAGUGGUAAUGGCAAUCGUGAUGCCAAGGACUUGGCCCUGGAUGUUGUGAUGCUUUCAUUCAGAACUGCAAGAGGCCUUGAUUUAAGGUCUUUUGCAGAUGCAUUUGGUAGCUCACUUGUUUAUUCUCUCUGCAAGGUUUAUAAACCUUAUAUAGAGAGUAGGCAUAUGGUUGGCUUAGAUAAGGAGAGAAGAGCCAUGACUGCAGAUGAAUUCAAUACUCUGUUCACUUGUGAAGAUGAGAUAGGGAGUCGGUUAGCUUAUAUUAGGCUCAGCGAUCCAGAUGGUUUCCUGCUGUCAAAUGAAUUAAUAUCCCUCGCAUUUGGAGUCAUAGCUCCCUAGAACUCCAAUAUCCAAACUUGUUGGAAGUGAAUCUGGCAGAUGAUCUAAAGGCUUAAGAGCGUUUCUAAAAUAAUUCCAUUUUUCUAUUGUUCCCAAGGUCACCUGUAGAAAAAGAAGGUAUUUUCUCUCCAACACUAUGGGAAAAGCAACUUGUCUUUGGACUAGUUACGACUCGAUGGAUUAUAAACAAACUUAGGAGGCUAGCUGGAAGAAAUGAACAAUUUGACCGACUAAGCAUGGCUAUUUGUGUUGAAGAUACAAUACAAGUGAUGGAGGAAAUAGAAAAAUUGUUUACUUUGAGAACCCUGAGUUAGCUUACGUGGAUGCAUUUUCAAGAAAAUUUUCCCAGUGGAAGUCGAUCUGCUACAGCUGGAAUCACUGGUGGUUAUAAAUAAAAAGAAAAAAAAAACUGAUAUUUCAUGCAUAGAGUGACAGCGCAAUUUAGUUAAAUUUGCAAUUGAAGUUUGGCUUUAGAUGAAGCAUCGGUGCUCUUAGAGAGAUUUGUGAAAUGAUGAAUGCUUGAAGGCCGUUUUAAGGACCACGGGUUCCCCCAAGUAAGCAUUAGCAUAAUAUACAUAUAACGGCUCAGUAAAAGAUUGACAAUAAAGCACGCAUUGUGGAAAAUGCAGACUGCCAUCACUUGUAAUACAUGGAUUUGGAAAGACCAGGUUCAGUCAUUUCUGAGAAAACAAUCACAAUUAAGCAUCAAAUAGCAAGUCAAAACUGUUACAAAAGAGUUGGAUACUUGGUGUAUUCAGAUGUCAGUAUUAGACGGGCACAAAAGAGCAGCUGGAUGCCAUUAAAGAGAUCCAAAUGCCAAUGCAAGGUCAACUACGUUCCACCUCCUGGUCAACUUGUCUACAGACAAUCUGUCCGCUUGAGUCCUUUAACCAAGUCCUAUGUAUUUACAAGAUAUUUGAUGGUCCUAUAUGGAGAAGAAAGUGCUUAAGGAUGCCUGCAAGAAAUCUAUUAGUUACUCAAUUUCCAUUAAAUGCUUGUGUAAAUAUAUAUUCUUUGAUAGUGGCAUGAAUGAAUCAAACAUCAAAUGCAUUUGGUCUCUCUUAUUUU